UGAAGAGUCCUCUGGCUCCGCCCCUCGAACUUGGGCGCAGGCGCAGUAGCCGCCAGGCGACCCUAGGUGUCUUACCAAAUUGGGAGUUUAUGAACUACGCAGGUAAAUAUGCCAGUCCUCAUGAAUAAAACGGAUAUAUGUCUCAACUGACAACAUGGCCAACCCUCUCAGAUACGAAGUACUGAAUCUGUACAAAAACCUUCUGUAUCUGGGAAAGGAGUACCCCAAAGGGGCUGACUACUUUCGAACUCGACUCAAGGCAGCCUUCCUGAAAAACAAGGAAGUGAAGGACCCGGAAGAAAUAAAAAAACUGAUCGCCAGAGGCAAAUUUGUCAUCAAAGAACUGGAAGCCUUGUACUUCCUCCGAAAAUAUCGAGCUCUGAAACAACGAUACUACGAGGACAGCUGAGCACCAACCCGUUGUCUGCAAGGCGGGUGCAGCCCAGAGGUUAAAUGGUGGGUGAUCGGGCUUGUAAUGGUAAUAAUAAAAUCUGUUGAAUAAUGUC